AUGCACACUCUCAGUCUUGCAAAUGGAUCCAAUUUUACCAGUGGACUGCCGGACUUUUCUUUUCGUCAAACAGCACCUAUCCAGGGUCAAAACAGCGGAUCAUACUGGAAUGGUGAAGGCUCACAGUACUUGCACCGUGAUCCUUCAGCUCAUGCCCACAGUGGAUUUGUUAAUUCUUUCGAUUCUUAUGCCGCUCAGGAGAGCCAAAGCGGACCAAGAAAUGCCGGGAGCUCAGUAUUAGGAUCCAGUCAAACCCAAUGGCAUGAGGGCCUUGCCUCGACUCAAAUGGAGUCAAAAGACAUGUCACGUCUUCCAUCUCAAGAUAUCGAUGGAGUGCACUCACAAAGAGUCGCUCAGUCAUCUACAGGUAACAUAUAUGAUGAAUCGUCCAGGAUGUUUCCCAAUGCCCAGGCGUCAUUUCAUAUGUCCUCUGCCAGGUCAGAUGCUACAACCAGGUCAACCAGCCCUGAAAAUACUGCUUUGUGCACAUCUGCCCAGCAGAUGGAUCUGCAGGAUUUCGAAUACCCAUUCCUUGGAGAUGAUAUAGUCGACGUUCACCCUAUUGUCCACAGGGAUUCCAAUGCAAGUAUGGAGCCGUAUCCCUUGAAUGUCUCGUUAUCAGGACCAUCUUUCAGUACCUUUGGGACAACAGGAGAUGAACCAUUCUCUUUCACCGUAGGAUCAAACUCCAUGGUUAGCCAAGGUCCAGUCUCGCGAGAGUCAGUGUACAAUCCAAGUACAGUUGACUCUUCGAUGCUGUGGGAUAAUACUAAUGCAGAGUUCCUCGACUCCCAAAGAUCAUCUCCCAUUCUGCGUGAGGAUACUUGGCCACACCAACCACUCAUGACUUCACCAACGGGCAGCCCUUCGACAUACUCGCCAAGUCUCGAAGCCCUAUCCCCUAGGUACGUUCAGGAUUACCCAGAUCUGAUGGAACUGCCCCCUUACGCAACCGACGACAGGGUAACGAGAAAGCCCAUGGGUCCCCGUCAAUCUAAAGUUGCGAGCGACUUAGCGGCAAACUCAAGACAGCAGCGCCUCCUGGGAUCUGAGGCCUCUGAUGACUCCUUCAGAUUGGUUGGCCGUUCUGCUCUUGAAAUUGAUAAUACUGCCCGGGAUCAUCCAUUGUACCACAAUGUGUCCGCUAAAACCGAUGGACUUUACCACUGCCCAUGGGAGGGACAAGUCUCUUGCCAACACAAGCCUGAGAAGCUGAAGUGCAACUACGAGUAUGAUCAUUUGUAUUCCUCCGUCUCCAGUUCCCAAGCUAACCACUUCGUGUCUGCUAGUAAAUUUGUGGACUCGCACCUUAAGCCAUACCGCUGCAAGGUUGUUGCCUGUGAGACUCUUCAUUUCUCCUCCACGGCUUGCCUGCUCCGCCACGAACGUGAAGCCCACGCCAUGCAUGGACACGGUGACAAGCCUUAUCUUUGUACCCAUGAAGGAUGUGAGAGAGGUGUACCCGGAAAUGGCUUUCCCCGCCACUGGAACCUUCGUGACCACAUGAAGCGUGUACACAACGACGCGGGCCAAGCCAAGAGCAGUUCUCCCGGUCGUUCACCGCCACCUUCUGCGCCCAGCCGAGGCAAGAAGCGCAAGGCAGAUGACAAACCGGAUUCCCAGCCCACUGAGAAGGCUAGAAAGGGCGUCGCCACCCCACCAGUUGUUGUGCACCAGCCACAGAAACCAAGCUUAACCGAGCAGUAUGAGCGAGAUCUCCAGAAAGCCACAGCCAUUCUAGAGCAACUUCGUGAUCCCAGGGAAGCUGCCCGCAAUAUGAACUUGCUCCAUAGCAUGCAUGACUGCAUCAAGGUAAUGGCUCAGACAAGCAAGCGCAUUAAUGAUGCUCCAUUCACGCAACAGAGCGGCUGA